GCACCUUCUUUCGGAAGCUCCUCAAGCAGAUAAUGUCUUUGCUUCUUGAACAUGGCUGAUUUUGGCGAGAUCCUGAGGUCCAUUGGAGACUUUGGAUUAUUCCAGAAGCUCAUACUAUUGGGACUAUGCUUCCCGAAUCUUGUCCUGCCUUUCCACCUGGCCAGUUUGAUUUUCAUCCAGUCAGACCCUGAGCGCCACUGUAACACUGACUGGAUACUUAGAGCUGGCUCCAAUCUGAGCAGUGAGGAACAGCUGAAUCUGACCGUGCCCCGGCAGGAGGAUGGAACCUUCAGUAGGUGCCUGAUGUUUACCCCUGUAGACUGGGACAUUGACAUCAUCAGGGAGCAUGGACUCAAUCAGACCACUGACUGCCAGAAUGGAUGGGUGUACAACAAUAUAGUGUAUGAAGCCACCAUAGUCACUGAUUUUGAUCUUGUCUGUGGCAAAGCUAACGUUGUCGGACUUGCACAAACUGUGUUCAUGGCUGGCAUUCUUCUUGGUUCACUCUUGUUUGGACCUUUUGCUGAAUCAUUUGGUCGCCAACGAGCAACUCAGAUACCCAUGGUUAUUAUGCUCCUUUUUACUGUAACGACAGGCUUGUCUCCAAACUUUUAUUUGUAUCUGGCAUCCCAGUUUUUAGUAGGGAUCGCGUAUGGUGGAUUUCGAAUCAACUGCAUUGUAUUAGCAACUGAAUGGGUCGGAGUGACAAAACGUUCUUAUGCGUCUUGUUUGAGUCAGACGUUCGGUGGAGUUGGCCAGUGCAUCCUUGCUGGCAUGAUCUUCUUCAUCCGAGACUGGAGACUUGCCCAGUUUGUCAUGGCUGUACCAGUAGCAGUGGUCGCAGUGUACAUAUGGUUUAUUCCUGAAUCAGCCAGGUGGUUAUUGGAUCAGGGGAAAACAGAGGAAGCUAAGAAGUUGAUACUCAGGGUAGCAGCCAUCAACAAACGCACAGUUCCAGAUACCAUUCUAGAGAAGAUAGCUGAGAAGAAAGUUGUUCAGAAGGGAGGCAUACUCAUUCUCAUCAGAUCUCCUGUACUUCGAAAAUACUUCUUAACUAUUACUCUUGCAUGGUUCUCGUUAAACCUCUCCUACUACUGUCUGUCCUUGAACGUUGGGAACUUUGGCCUGGACAUCUUCUUUACACAGCUCAUGUUCGGACUCACAGAGAUACCAGGUCAUAUACUCUGCAUCUUUAUACUGGAAUAUUUGGGGAGGAAGAUAUCCUUAAUGUCCACCCUCCUGACUGGCGGAAUCACAUGUUUCCUAAUCCUGGCUGUUCCACAAGACAACGCCGUUGCUAUUACUGCUCUUGCUGCUGCGGGGAGGUUUUUCAUGAACAAUGCUGGAUCCAUUUGCAACGUCUAUCUUCAGGAGUUGUUUCCCACCUCUGUUAGACAAACGGCCACAGGCUUGGGCUCAAUAGCGAUCAGAAUUGCUGGAAUACUGUCACCAAUGCUCAACAUAUUGGCCGCAUACCAUUGGUCUAUCCCCACGAUCGUGUUCAGCAGCCUGUCAUUGGUUGGUGGGGCUCUGGUCUUUCUGCUUCCUGAGACCAGGAGGACAGAACUACCUGACUCUACAGAUGAGGCCGAGGGGAAGAGAAAUGUGACUAUCGCCAUGAAGAUAGACAAAGGCUGCCAAGUGGAUGAUUAUGACUCUGAAAAAACUACCAAACUAUAAAGUCAUGUUUAUGUAAGUCUUUUUUCUGGGUAAAUUUAUUUUCAAGGCUUAGUUAGUAAGACAGUUGGCUGGUGCAUGGUUGUUGUAACAUCAAGGUUUUGAAUUUGAUUCCUGGAUGGGCCACAUAACUUGCUGUUUUUAACUUUGGCUUAUAGAAUUUUUAAAAAUUACUUUACUCUUUUUGUAACUCUUUCACUAGCUAAAUGGAUCAGAAACAUACGAUAAAAGUGUCUACUAAAUGAACCUAUUAUUAUUAUAUUUGAAUUUAAAUACAUUUGCAGUGCAUCAAGGAAUCUAAAGAUAUAUCCACCUUUACUCACAUUUGUAUACAAAAACAGACUAUCACCUAUGUUACCCAAUGAAUCUGUAAAUAUUGUUACGAAACCACCGAGUCAGCCUACUGCUAACUUUACUGUGGCAGUGUCCAGGAGUCCUAUAGGUCUGGCAAAAUAAUAUAUAUCCUGAUUGAAUGUGUGCAUUUAUGUGAGAAGUAAAAGUCUGCAGAUCAGGUGUUGAAUGCAUGUUCCCCAGGAGAUAGCUAACUCUGGAUCCAGGGCCAGCUCCUGAUUGACUUCUUGGUCGGCCAGCCCAAGUAGUUUAGUUGUUUUCACAAUGGUUGGUGACAAAAAAUAAACAUAUUCAAAAUAAAUUUAAAAAAUUGGAGGGGGGACAAAACGAAGGAUUUAACCAACCAAACACGGGAAGUCCCGUCAGACCCAAGAGGCCACAUUCAAGCCUCACUGAAGUGUCUGCCAGUCACUGAUUGCCCAGAGCUGGUCAUCUUAUCAUCAAGCGUUGAUAUUUCAAUCAGCUGUGUAAUGCCAAGGCAACCAAUCAAAAUGUGUACCCCUUUUGGUCCCCAGGACCAGGAUUGAGGAACACUACAAUAAUCUACCCAUUUAUUAUAUAACUAAAUUGUUUUCAGAUAACUUUUUAAAAUUUGCUACAUGUCACAUGAAAUUGCCGUACUGUCUACUUGUCGGGUUGCCAAGAUUGUUUACAAGAAAUAGCUUCUUCUUUAUUUUUUUAUUUAUAAACCGGUAACUUUGUCAUGUCAUUUAAUUCUUUCUUUCUGUCAUGUCAAACUAAAAAUGAUUAUAUUCAGAGGUCCAAGUCAUCCUUGCUGUUCCACAAUAAUGUUUUUUUUCUGACUGAAUAAAACCCAAAGGGCAUUCCUACUGUACAAUAA